UAGAUGGACAAUGGGGUGUCUGGUCAGAAUGGACUGAAUGUUCUGUAACUUGUGGUAAUGGUACUCAAAACAGAACAAGAAACUGUGACAGUCAGCAACCUCAGAAUAACGGAGAAGAUUGUGUUGGUGAAAGUUCCCAGACACAGACCUGCAAUACGAACGGAUGUCCAGUUGAUGGAGGAUGGGCGGCAUGGCCAGACUGGAGCGCUUGUACAGUGACAUGUGGUGGAGGAACACAAUUAAGAAUGAGAUUUUGUACUAACCCUGCACCGCAAAAUGAUGGACAAUCAUGCUAUGGUAAUCGAUUUAAAUUGCAGAACUGUAGCACACAAACCUGCCCGGUGGUUCCAUAUGGACAAUCAUGUUCACUGUCUGGAGACGAGUGUGCUGGUGAUGAUACAGAGUGUGAGAGUGGAACCUGUAAAUGUGUCUCUGGAUUUUACUGGAAUAGAAAUGCUUGUGUUCCAAAGGUUGGACUUGGAUACAGCUGUCUUAGUGAUGUUGCCUGUAAUGCAACAAAUGCAGAUUGUAUUGGUGGAAUAUGUACAUGUAACAGUCAGUAUUAUGAAGACAAUGUCACAGCUAGUAAUGAAGGAAAGUGUAAAAUCAAGGUUGAAUUAGGAUCAACGGGAUGUUCGACUUAUGUAGAAGAUUCUUGCAAGUCACCAAAUGCACAGUGUCAGUCGGAUGGGGUUUGUACAUGUAACACUGGUUUCUACGACUCUAAUAGUGGAGUAACUGGUGGAACUUGCACCAAAAAGGUUGAACUAGGAUCUCGUGGAUGUUCAACAAGUGUAUCAGAUUCCUGCAAAUCACCAAAUGCACACUGUCAGUCUAGUGGAUAUUGUACAUGUAACAGUGGUUAUUACGACUCUUACGGUGGAGCUGGUGGCGGAACUUGUACAAUUCAGGUUGAUCUUGAAGGUACAGGUUGUUUACAAAGUGUAAUAGAUUCGUGUAAAGAUGGAAAUGCAGAAUGUCUUAUCAAUGGUGGAUCAUGUACAUGUAGAACAGGAUAUUAUGAUGACAAUGGGCCUGCCUUUGGAGGAACAUGUAGAAAAA